AAUACGCCGCGCGUCUCCUCACGUCAAUCAAAGCGACUCAUCUUUGCCAGUGAGUAAAAUGGCGUCUUACUGCCUGACCGUCAGCCGGCUUCAGCAUGCCCUGGGGCGCGGGGCGCGGCGUCUGCACCUCACCGCGGCGUGCGGCGCUCGGGCGAAGGUGGCGGUGAGUCGUUUCGAGGCGAACCACUUCGUCAACUACGAGAGCAUGCAGAAGAACAUCGAUAUCGUCCGUAGGAGGCUGGCCCGCCCCCUCACCCUCUCUGAGAAGAUUGUGUACUCUCACCUGGCAGAGCCCGAGUCUCAGGAUAUCUCCCGCGGACGCUCCUACCUGCGCCUGCACCCGGACCGCGUGGCCAUGCAGGAUGCCACGGCCCAGAUGGCCAUGCUGCAGUUCAUCAGCAGCGGCCUGGCGCGCGUGGCCGUGCCCUCCACCAUCCACUGCGACCACCUGAUCGAGGCGCUGUCCGGCGGAACCCAGGACCUGGAGCGGGCCAAGGACGUGAACCAAGAAGUGUACAACUUCCUGUCCACGGCUGCUGCAAAGUACGGAGUGGGAUUCUGGAAGCCGGGAUCAGGAAUCAUUCACCAGAUCAUCCUGGAGAAUUACGCCUACCCUGGUGUGCUGCUGAUUGGCACAGACUCGCACACCCCCAACGGGGGGGGCCUGGGGGGGGUGUGUAUUGGGGUGGGGGGCGCGGACGCAGUCGACGUGAUGGCUGGCAUCCCCUGGGAGCUCAAGUGUCCCAACGUGAUUGGGGUGAAGCUCACUGGCUCCCUCUCUGGCUGGACCUCCCCCAAGGAUGUGAUCCUCAAGGUGGCCGGAAUCCUGACUGUGAAAGGGGGAACCGGCGCCAUCGUGGAGUACCACGGACCGGGCGUUGACUCCAUCUCCUGCACAGGGAUGGCUACAAUCUGUAACAUGGGAGCUGAGAUCGGAGCCACGACCUCUCUCUUCCCAUAUAAUCACCGCAUGAAAACCUACCUGGAAAAGACUGGGAGAGGAGAGAUCGCUGCGCUGGCUGAUGAUUUCAAAGAUCUUCUGGUCCCCGAUCAGGGCUGUGAAUACGACCAGGUCAUCGAGAUCAAUCUGGACACGCUGAAACCUCACAUUAAUGGCCCCUUCACCCCGGACCUCGCUCACCCUGUCUCCGAGAUCGGGAGAGUGGCGAAGGAGUCAGGCUGGCCUCUGGAAGUCAAAGUGGGGUUGAUUGGCAGCUGCACCAACUCCAGUUACGAGGACAUGGGCCGCGCGGCUUCCCUGGCGAAACAGGCCCUGGACAAGGGGAUGAAAUGCAAGUCCCAGUUCACUGUGACUCCCGGAUCGGAGCAGAUCCGAGCCACCAUCGAGAGAGACGGCUACACGAAGAUCCUGACCGAUGUUGGCGGGCUGGUUCUGGCGAAUGCCUGCGGACCCUGCAUUGGACAGUGGGACAGACGAGACGUCAAGAAGGGAGAGAAGAACACGAUCGUCACGUCUUACAACCGAAACUUCACGGGGAGGAACGACGCCAACCCCGCCACCCACGCCUUCGUCACCUCCCCCGAGAUCGUCACCGCCAUGGCGAUCGCGGGCCGGUUGGAUUUUGAUCCGGAGACUGACUUCCUGACCGCUCCGAGCGGAGAGAAGUUCAAGCUGCAGCCACCCAGCGGAGAUGAGCUGCCGUCCCGGGACUUCGACCCCGGCCAGGACACCUACCAGCACCCCCCGGCCAAGGGGGGCUCCCAGCCAGUCGCCGUGAGCCCCCAGAGCCAGCGGCUGCAGCUCCUCGAGCCCUUCGACCGCUGGAGUGGGGAGGAGCUGGAGGACUUGCAGGUUCUCAUUAAGGUGAAGGGGAAGUGCACCACCGACCACAUCUCCGCGGCCGGACCCUGGCUCAAGUUCCGAGGACACCUGGACAACAUCUCCAACAACCUGCUGAUCGGAGCGGUGAACAUUGAGAACAACAAAGUGAACCAGGUGAAGAACCAGCUGACCGGAGAGUACAGCGGAGUGCCGGACACCGCGAGGUACUACAAGAAACAAGGUGUGCAGUGGCUGGUGGUCGGGGAUGAGAACUACGGCGAGGGUUCGAGUCGAGAGCACGCCGCCCUGGAGCCCCGACACCUGGGGGGGAGGGUCAUCCUGACCAAGAGCUUCGCCAGGAUCCACGAGACUAAUCUGAAGAAGCAAGGCAUGCUUCCUCUAACGUUUUCCGACCCCAGCGAUUACGACAAGAUCCGACCGGACGACAAGGUCUCCAUUCACGGGCUGAAGGAGUUCCUCCCAGGAAAGCCUCUCAAAGGCAUCGUCAAGCACGGGGAUGGCACUCAGGACACCAUCUCUCUCAACCACACGUUCAACGAGACUCAGAUCGAGUGGUUCAAGGCGGGCAGCGCCCUCAACAGGAUGAAGGAGCUUCAGUAGAAGCAGUCAAGAGCGCUGGACCUGGGAGGGGGUGGGGCCAGGAAGCCUAAUCCAGCCUGCUAAUAUUAAACAGAGUUUAUUAACCCUUUUCAAUAUUGGCAGGCAAGUAUAUUUAUCUAUUUCCAACUGAUUUUAGUGUCUUAUUGCAAGGCUGGGAAUCAGACUCCCGCUGCACAGCGGUGUGAUCCAGUCCUGCUUUCACUAGGAGUUUAAUAAUCAGACUCC